AUGUCGACCCAACCUUCCACCUAUGUGCAUGCCGAUCCCAAUGCGCUGUCUGUCCCCACCAAUAUCCAGGAGAUACCUGCGCACUAUUUUCCCCACACCGUUUCCACCAUUCCCUCCACACGCUCUGGAGUCCCACAUCCAUAUUCCCGUCCCUCUAGCCGCUCCUCUCGACGUUCCAUUCCAACCCAUUCCCAACCACCCUCUCGCAGCACAUCUCCCACUCCGCGAGACUUGCCAAGGAUGGAACCAGAGCCGUCCAUUGCCGCUCUCCUCGAGGCUGUCACAGCCCUCACAGCCACAGUCGGGUCCCUCCAGGACCAAAUUCGAUCACAAGGCCAACAGCUCACUGAGCUUAAAGCCAUAUGCAAGGAGACCGCCGACCUACUCGGCGACAAGGACCAAGGAACCCAAGCUCAGCCUGGCCCAUCGGCUGGGCCUGUCACUCCCCCCACUCAUACAGGGGGAGAAGCGCACACUCCAGGAACGGUUAGGCCUGGACUCAAGGCCCCCUUCCGCCCAUCAAGAGGAACGGGCUUUGACUCAGAAGAGGAGGAAGAACCCAGGCGAGCCCCCAAAAAAGAGCCUCGCGACACGCCUAAGCGGAGCCUCAGCUCCCUCACCCCCUUCGACUCAGGGUCCAGCAUAAAGCGGCCCAAAAUGGAGCUCCCAGACCCAUAUAAGGGAGACUCUAGGGGACGAAAGGCAACCCAGUGGCUGGAUCGCAUGCUGCUGUGGGUCGCACUUCAUUGA